AUGACGACUCGCCUCAGGAAGACCCGCAAGCUCAGAGGCCACGUCUCUGCAGGCCACGGGCGUGUUGGUAAACAUAGAAAACAUCCUGGUGGUCGUGGCAAGGCUGGCGGUUUACAUCAUAACAGAAUACACUUUGAUAAAUACCAUCCUGGUUAUUUCGGAAAGGAAUUCAUCACGUUCAUUAGUUCCGACCUAGUUGGUAUGCGUCACUUUCACUUAUUAAGGAAUCAAUAUCAUUGCCCUGUUGGUAUGCGCCACUUUCACCUAUUAAGGAAUCAAUAUCAUUGCCCUGUAAUAAAUGUUGAUCGUCUUUGGUCUCUUUUAUCUCCUAAUACAUUACAACAAGCAAAAACAGGAAAUAAUGGCAAAGCAUUCGUCCUUGAUUGUACUAAGGCUGGAUACUUCAAGGUGCUAGGAAAAGGUCAAUUACCAAAAUUACCAUUAAUAGUUCGUGCUCGUUUUUUCUCUAAAUUAGCAGAAAAAAAAAUUAAGGAGGCAGGAGGUGUAUGUGUACUUAGUGGCUAA